AUGACGUACAACUCCUGGCUGCAGGUCAAGUUCAUUUUGGGGCUUGUGCACGGCCUUGCCAACGGUGCACCUGUUAUGACCCCGACAGCGGCGGCGAGCUCUUCCUCCAGCGCAGCCGCAGAUCGGCUUGCUGCUGGCGGUGCUGCUGGCGGUGCUGCUGGCGGUGCUGCUGGCGGUGCUGCUGGCGGUGCUGCUGGCGGUGCUGCUGGUGGUGGUUCCUUAGGUGGUCUCAGCCUGGGUGUCCUCCUAUCCAGAGUUGAUAUCAACCUGAGUGCUGACGUGCUCGACAUCGUGCACGACGCCCAGGACGCUGACGACCCCUCCGACCUGGUGUGCCUGAGGACCCGGAAACUGCGUUACGGCAACACGUUCAGUUACUCACGGAGGGCUGCCAAGUUUCUAUACCGCAAGGCAAAGAAACCACGAGCCAAAGGGCACAUCGCCUGUUUGUGUGCGUGUGUGUGGGGUUCGGAAAUCCACAAACACAACGUGCAGAGGCACACAAACGCGCGGCAUGCUAAAACAGCCAUCAAGCUUGUAAUCGUCACACCAGAGCCUUCUCCAUGUGUUAAGAAUUGUAUAUUCGUUGGCGGCCCGUGGCGUGCAAGCGAGAUGUUCUUGUGCGCACGCAGCGACCGCGGGUGCGCAUGUGUAUGCGUUAGGAUUGUAUAUUCGUUGGCGGCCGGUGGCGUGGAAGCGAGAUGUUCUUGUGCGCACGCAGCGACCGCGGAUGGACUGCAUCAGCAGCAAACCCGCACUGGGUGGCCGUCUCGUUGGCAGCGAAAGGAGCGAGAGGAUGUGCGAGAUGGACUGCAUCAGCAGCAAACCCGCACUGGGUGGCCGUCUCGUUGGCAGCGAAAGGAGCGAGAGGAUGUGCGAGGUGUGCAUGGGCGGGGUGUCAUGUGUAAUGUGAUGUUGGGGGACACUGACGACCCCUCCGACCUGGUGUGUCUGAGGACCCGGAAACUGCGUUACGGCAACACGUUCAGUUACUCACGGAGGGCUGCCAAGUUUCUAUACCGCAAGGCAAAGAAACCACGAUCCAAAGGGCACAUCGCCUGUUUGUGUGCGUGUGUGUGUGGUACGGACACUGACGACCCCUCCGACCUGGUGUGUCUGAGGACCCGGAAACUGCGUUACGGCAACACGUUCAGUUACUCACGGAGGGCUGCCAAGUUUCUAUACCGCAAGGCAAAGAAACCACGAUCCAAAGGGCACAUCGCCUGUUUGUGUGCGUGUGUGUGUGGUUCGGUCAAGUUCAUUUUGGGGCUUGUGCACGGCCUUGCCAACGGUGCACCUGUUAUGACCCCGACAGCGGCGGCGAGCUCUUCCUCCAGCGCAGCCGCAGAUCGGGUUGCUGCUGCUGCUGGCGGUGCUGCUGGCAGUGCUGCUGGCGGUGCUGCUGGCGGUGCUGCUGGCGGUGCUGGUGGCGGUGCUGCUGGCGGUGCUGGUGGUGGUGGUUCCUUAGGUGGUCUCAGCCUGGGUGUCCUCCUAUCCAGAGUUGAUAUCAACCUGAGUGCUGACGUGUUCGACAUCGUGCACGACGCCCAGGACACUGACGACCCCUCCGACCUGGUGUGUCUGAGGACCCGGAAACUGCGUUACGGCAACACGUUCAGUUACUCACGGGUAUUAUGGUAUUUCUUUGAUUUGCUUACGGGGGCGCCGCGCUGCUGCUUCAUAUGUGGUCGUAGACAACGCCUGCGCUUUGGCUGGCGGCGGCUCUGCCAGCUUUUGAGGACAAGUUUUAUCCGAAUAAACGAGCGUGGCCUGGAGCUUUUCGAGUCGAGGGACGUACGUCAUACAUCGCUACAAGGUCAAGUUCAUUUUGGGGCUUGUGCGCGGCCUUGCCAACGGUGCACCUGUUAUGACCCGUGGGUCAUGGAAGCACCGCACGCAUUUCGGUCCGGCUCUGUGGCCGCCGCCGCCGCCGCCGUCCGCGUCAUCUCCGCCUACGGGUGCUGCAGCGACAGCGGUGGCGAGCUCUUCCUCCAGCGCAGCCGCAGAUCCGGUUGCUGCUGCCUGGGUGUCCUCCUAUCCAGAGUUGAUAUCAACCUGAGUGCUGACGUGUUCGACAUCGUGCACGACGCCCAGGACACUGACGACCCCUCCGACCUGGUGUGUCUGAGGACCCGGAAACUGCGUUACGGCAACACGUUCAGUUACUCACGGAGGGCUGCCAAGUUUCUAUACCGCAAGGCAAAGAAACCACGAUCCAAAGGGCACAUCGCCUGUUUGUGUGCGUGUGUGUGUGGUUCGGUAUUAUGGUAUUUCUUUGAUUUGCUUACGGGGGCGCCGCGCUGCUGCUUCAUAUGUGGUCGUAGACAACGCCUGCGCUUUGGCUGGCGGCGGCUCUGCCAGCUUUUGAGGACAAGUUUUAUCCGAAUAAACGCUAGACAGCAGCAUCUCAGCACAAGCAUUGCCAUCUUAGCUGCGCGCCUAACCUGCGCGUUCGCUCGCCAUAGUGAUGGGAUUUGGGAUAAGGAUUCACUAGUUCUUUUAGGGGGCUUUUGA